AUGAUCACGGGCUUGACUGAUCAGCAGGACACCAUCAUUAAACGGACCAUGGGCCUUGGUAUCGCCGACGAGGAGCCGGAGGCGAGGCUCGCAGGGGAGGGGCCGGGCGACCCCACGGCCCCGCCCGGAAAGACCCGGCAGCGGCGAACUCCGCUCGUAUCUCUCCGCGCUCCUGCCUGCCCAGCCCCCACGCUCAGCAACCCCGAAAGUGCGGGGCUCCGGCCCCUCAGCCCCGACUAUUGGCGCCGCCCAGAGGGCCCGAAUCAGCUCAGGCCGCCGGAGCCCGCCCGCAAGUCCCACCUCGUAAGGUGUCUCCGGGACCCCAAUCUAGAAAUCAGAAGUGCGGAAGUUAUCCAGGAGCUAGAGGCCCAAGGCCUGGAGAGAAGCAAGAGUCCUCCUCACCUGACGCCAGUAGGUCGCGGCCGGGCUCGCGAGCCCGCCGAAGACUCCAGCUACUUCACCCGAACUCCGAACGCCACCAACGCCAACUGCCACUUCCCGAGCCGCUCAAGCUCCGCGCCAGAGCCGCGGCUGAAGCAGCGGCGCUCUCAUUGGGGGUUGUUCAUAAACCGACGACGCGCGGCCGCGCUCAAGGAAGCCUCCUACAAUUGGCAGGAAUCUCCCUGGCAGGAAAGCCACAAAACAGAUAAACCCAGACAAGAUGAUGAAGACGAUCUGCAUGUAGCAGAGCUCACUAAUGAAGAUCUUUUGGAUAAGCUUAUAAAAUACGGAAUGAAUCCUGGUUCUGUGGUGGGUGGGAAGCUAUAUGAGAAAAAGCUUUUGAAACUGAGGGAGCAAGGAACAGAAUCAAGAUCUACCCCUCUUUCAGCAAUUUCUUCUUCAGCAGAAAAUGCAAGGCUGAAUGGAAGUAAUGAUUCUGACAGAUACAGUGACAACGAAGAAGACUCUAAAAUAGAGCUCAAGCUUGGGAAGAGAGAACCGCUAAAGGGCAAAGCAAAGACUCCAGUGACCCUCAAGCAAAGAAGAGUUGAGCACAACGAGAGCUGUUCUCAAGCUGGAAUAAUGGACUGUGGAUCCAUUAUUCCACAGAAUAAUAGUGGACAAGUGGAUCUUCAAAAGGCAUUAACUAGGGAAUCUACAGGAGGGUCAAGAAGAACUCCAAAGAAAAGGAUGGACACUUCCGAACAUUUUCAUAUAGAUGGUUCAGUAAUUUCAGUGAGUAUUCCUAUAGCUGAAACUAUAAUGGCUUCAAACAACGAAAUCUUAGUUGUCAAUAGGGUGACUGGAAAUUUCAAGCAUGCACCUCUUAUUCUGCCAAUCACUGAAUUCUCAGACAUACCCAGAAGAACACCAAAGAAACCGUGGACAAGAGGUGAAGUGGGAGAAAAAACACAGGAAAGAAAUGUAGAAAGGGGUAUUCUUUUAAAUUCACCUAUAAUAAUUGUGGGUCUGCCAGAGUAUGAAUAA